AUGCCUUGCCUGAGGCCCUCAGAGCCCGUGACCCCACAGUCUCCCUCUUCCUCCUCCACUCCUUCCUCUUCCUCUUCCUUCUCCUCCUUCUCAUUCUCCUUCAUCAUCAUCGCCGUCAUCAUCAUCAUCGUCAUCAACACCAUCAUCAUCAUCAUGACCAGGCAAAACUGCGCUGCCGCUUGUGGCCCAGCUGGCCCUGCCUUCUUGACCCUAUCGUCACACCAUGACAAAAUCCUGCUACAACUUCCUUCAGAAUCAUCCUACCAGGGAUUUUUUCGGCAGCGAGAAGCAUCCAAGUCGAUUAACAACUAG